AUGUUCGCCGAUGAGAACGCCUUCUUUUCCCCCUACUCCGGAGGCAAUGAAUUCCUGUCUUCCGAGCCGCGCAAGAGCUUGGGGGGUAGCGGGCGUCUGAGCUUCGGGGGUUCCGAAGACUUGGGAAAUGCCACAGAUCCCUUUUCUCAAGGCCAAAGUGCCUCCUCUCAGCGGGGAGGCUCUUCCGGAGGGGGGGGCGAAAAAGCUGCUCAGACACCCGACGGGUGCGUCUGUGCAACUGUGGCGAUGCUCCGAAGGGCUGUAAAAGCUCGCGCUGCGGGAGGGGGUCCUCUGCAACUGAACGGACGCGACGUUGGGCUUGUCGCUCUGUGCGGUGUCGCCUCUGGCCUCGAAAUUCGCCCCUCCCUUUUCAAGUUCACGCUGGAGGAUUCCACGAGUCGCAUCGAGGUCGAGUGCAGCCACAAGAGCGCGAUGGCUUCUCUGCAAGAGCCAGGAGCCGCUACGUCCUCCCAAGAGACGCCUGAAGAAGAAAGCCUUCCCCCCCUCGAAGGCUUCCUCAGUGCAGCGCUCCGAGGAGGACUCGUCACUGUCUACGGCUUCCCCUGCAUGGACGAUAAGGGCGACGUUUACGUCGACUGCUUCAAAAUCAAUCCUGUAAAAGACAUGCGCGAAUACGUCGAACUCUUCCCCCUAAGAAUCAUCGCAGGCGCCCUCCAGGAUAAGGCUGCUGCAAGCGCGACGCCUCCCACUACUCCUACCAUCGCCCCGGCAGUAACAAAGGCGGAAGAAGCGGAGAGUAAGGUCACCUGUUGCGUUUUUGCUUUGCCGUGUCUGCCCCCUCCUGCAGCCUCUGAUCUACACAUGUAUGAACACAUCAGCGAUCCCAUGCAACGCCGCGUUCUCAAGAACCUCUUGAGUGCAAAGGGGCGAGCCGUCAAGCGACAGGCCCUCACCGCGAGUCUCUCGGUCGACUCCCCAUCUGAAGUCGAAGCUGCUCUGACGGCCCUCGAGGAGUCAGGGGAAAUCGCAGUGACCGCUACUUGGAUUUCCCUGGCCUCUUAA